AUGACAACUUAGUAGAAGUCAACCUAUAAUAUAAUGAUCAUUGGAAAUUGCAAGUAAUUUUAUUAUUUUAGUUAGUGUUGGAAAAACCACUAUAGUAUAACAACUUAUAGAUUCUAAUGUUUAUAGCACACUAACACUAGGUUUAGAUAGAAGAGAAAGAUAGAUAACUAUUAAUAAUUAAAUUAUCACACUUUAUGUAAGAUUUAAAAUAAAUUUUAGCUUUGGGAUAUGCCAGAUGCAAAAGCUUUUAAAAGUUUGAUAUAUGAUUUCAAAAUAAAGAUGGAUUGCUGGGUCAUAGUCUAUAAUAGUAAUCAUAAUGAGCCAAUAUAGACUUUGGAUUAUUGGAAAAAUAUAUUUUUAACGAAUGAUAUAGAUAAUGUUCCCAUUUUCGUAAUUUAAAAUAUAUUUGACAAGAAUGAAAUCAUGAAAAAUUAACAAGUUGAAUAAUGGUGCAAGUGGAAUAGAAUUCAAGAGUUUUUUCAAGUAUCUGCCAAAAACGAUAAGGAAAAGGUCAAUUAAAUAUUCUUAGCGAUAGCAAAGAUAUUAUCAACAUAAAAUUAAGAGAUGAUGAGCAAUAAGAAAUAAGUGAAUGAUAAAAUUAAUGAGUUUUAAAAGACGAUAUUGUUUGAAAACACAAUUAUGAAGUAAUAAUUAAAAUGCAAAAUGCAAGAACAAAUUGAGUUAAUUCAAUGUUAAAAUUAACAUGAUAGUCCUCCAAUCAUAGUACUACUUGAUGAGAAUCUUGUAGGAUUCUAAAGGUUAAUUUGUUCUAAAUGCUUAUAUGAGAUAAGAGGAAGAUUUAAUGGGAUUAAUAUUGAUGAUGCGAUACAAACAAUUGAAGAACGUAAAAAUGAUUAUCUAGAUACAAUUUCUGAUUUCAGUCAUGUAAUUCUUAGCAAAUUACAUAAUUUCACAGUAGAAAUUAUGUCACAAAAAACAUCUCUUUUAUAAACAAUGGAUUAAUUGCUAAAUUAAAUUAGCAUUUGGGCAGAUGAGAUAGUAGAGUUCUAAUAAAAAUAAUGUUCUUAUAAAUUUUUUGAUGAAAUAAAUAAAUUGAAUCAAUCAAUUGAAGAUAUAAGGAAUAAUUAAAUUGAUGAAUUUAAAAAAGUGAUUGAAAAUAUUAACUAAAAUUAUGAAACAAAAAUCUAAAUUACUAAAUAAAAAUUUCUUUCACAGUUGCUUGGUGUUUAAAAUACUUUAGAAUAACUCUUAUUUAUUACUUCAUUUAAGCAACAGAAUUCAGAAUUAAAAAAAAUAAAUAUAGAUACAAAAGCAUAUAAUUAAUUAAAUUUUAAAUUAGUUUAGGAAGUCAAACAAAAUGAUUGGUGUCAUGCAUUAGCAUUCAAUAAUACUGGCACUAUAAUGGUGGCUUGUUCAAAUAAAAACAUUAAAAUAUGGAAUUUUUAAUAAGGUUGAUUAUUUGAUAAGAAUUACAUCUUAGAAGGGCACGAAAAGCUGGUAAAAUGUAUAGUUUUUAGUAAAAUAAAUAAUUGGUUUUUCUCUGGAAGUGAAGAUAACACAAUCAGAAGCUGGAAGGAGAAGUAGAGUUGGUUUUCUUCUAGUAAAUGGGAGAGUGUAAAACCAAAAAAAUCACAUUCAAAUUGGGUAAUCUAAUUAAUUUUAAAUGAAUAAGAAAAUGAAAUGAUAUCUUGCAGUGUCGAUAAGACAAUUAAAAUAUGGAGAGUCUAAUAUGAUUUAAAUUAAAUUAGACUUUUAUAAUCUCUAGAGAACCAUAAUCAAUCUGUAGUAUCAAUCAGUUUAAGUUAAUCUGAAUAAUAAUUAAUUUCUUGGAGUGAGGAUAAAUAAGUAAUAUUAUGGGAAAAAAAUUAAUAAUCAUAAUGGUAGUUCAAAGCUAUCAUACUCUCAUCUAUUGAUGAGAUUAAUAGAGGUGCUAGAUUCCUCAUGGAUAAUUAAAUUAUUUGUAUAUCAUUUGAAGGAAAGUUAGAAAUUUAUAAUUUACAAAAUUGUGAAUGUCAAAGGCAACAAGUAUUGAUUUUUAAUGAUUAAAAUCUUGAUUAGAAAUCAUAAGAAUUUUCAAUUACUUUUAAUAUUUAAACUUAAUUGAUAGUAAUGAAAUAUUACAGAUAUUUUUAUUUUUUCAGAAACAAUCUAAAUGAUGGUUAAUUAGAACAAGUUUGUCAACCUUUGGAAUGCUAGAAAGAAGUGAGUUAUUUUAAUGUUACAAAUGAUGGAAAAUACUUCAUAAUGUGGAUUUGGUAUCCUCUAUUAAAAUUUAGAGUAUAUGAAUUGGAAUAUAGUAAAAUAUAGUGA